AUGUCAGCACAAAUGAAUAAACCUCAUAUGUUCAUUAUCUGGCAGACUAUUGCUGUUUGUAUCGGGAAAAUUUUCUUUCUCGAACCAAUUUACCUGCAUUAUGCUUGUAACCUACCAGAGCUUGACUAUCAAAGUCUGCUCAUUGACUUUGAUUUCAUGUUGAUCCCACUAAUUAUUCAAGUUGUAUAUUUGGGAAGUACCAAGCAAAAUUUAGAUUUGCUAUGUUUAAAUAUCAGAAAUUUAUUCAGAAUAAAGUCUAACCAAAUUCAACCAUAUUUUAUAAGAGAUGCGGUAUCGUCAACUCAAGCAGCACCGGCACCGGCUAAUUAA